CCCAUGAACGGGCCGUCAACCACGCGGUCUAUCAGCUAGGAUCCUGGUUGGUGGAGACACUGGUGUCUUGGUGUCGCUUUUCUGGACAGCCUUGAAUAAGGAAGCAUGCCCUCCCUUUCCACAUCCUUCAUCACACCGCGUGUAUCAGCCUGCUUGCUCUUCAUAAACGCCUUCGUCACGUCCCUGGAGGGCUGCGCAUGGCGCAUAUUGCGAGUUGCGCAACCUCGGCAACUAGUGAAUGGCAACCUCCGACAGGCUCCGCUUCGAGGAACCGUUGAAGGUGCAGCGCGAGCGCUCGACGCGUGCCAAGCGGGAGCCCUCGACUGAACAAACACCACUUUCGGAUGCAGAAUCGAUACUUGAUGAACACGAUGGGAAGCUGAGGGAGGGCGAUUUCAAAUCAAGACAGACGUUCAAAGGGUGGACACUGGCCUGGCUUGCAUAUCAGUCUAUAGGAAUUGUCUAUGGCGACAUUGGAACUAGUCCACUAUACGUCUUCUCAAGUACCUUUGAAGAUGCACCGCCUUCCAGACAAGACGUAUUGGGCGCUUUGUCGCUAAUCAUAUGGUCCAUUACAUUGAUGGUCUCUAUUAAGUAUGUGUGGAUCGUACUUUAUGCAGACGAUGAGGGCGAAGGUGGCACUUUUGCUAUAUACAGUCUCCUCACACGAUACAGCAACAUCACUAAAUUCGACCCCAAAACUCGAAGCAUGACUAAAGUAGAGCGAUAUCAUGUCGAAGAUAUGCCCUCAAGUAAUCUGAAGGCGCGGACCUUCAUCGAGAGAAACACUGCCAUGCGCACUGUACUCAAGAGCUUAGCCGUUCUAGGUAUCAGUUUUGUCAUGGCUGAUAGCAUCCUGACUCCAGCUCAGUCCGUCCUAGGUGCUAUCCAAGGUCUGCGAGUAGUUGCUAGUGACAAUAUCAACACAGACACCAUUGUGGGUGUCUCUUGCGCUGUCAUCGUCUUACUCUUUCUUGUACAACCGAUUGGUGUCUCCAAGAUUGGUUGCAUGUACGCACCCAUAAUUACCGUUUGGUUGCUUUUCAAUUGCGCAUUUGGUAUAUACAACUUGGUUGUCCAUGACUGGACAGUGUUAAAGGCGUUUUCUCCGUACCAUGCUGGUCACUUCUUCGUGCGGAAAGGUACCCUUGCGUGGUUAGAUCUAAACGGGAUCUUACUGAGUUUUACCGGUGUCGAAGCGCUUUUUGCUGAUCUUGGAGCAUUCUCCGCACGUGCUAUACGGUUAUCUUGGUUCUGCUUCGCCUUCCCAUGCAUUCUCUUGUCGUACAUCGGCCAGGCUGCGUACUUAUCCGAGCACCCAGAGGAUUAUCUCAAUCCCUUCUUCAAGGCUGUACCGCCAGGUCUGUUCUGGCCAACACUUAUAUUGGCCACACUUGCUGCCAUAGUUGCAUCUCAGGCCAUUAUAACGUCCGCUUUCCAGCUCCUUUCUCAAGCUAUGAGCGCCAGCUACUUCCCACAACUCCAGGUCAUCCAUACAGACAAGAGAUUCCAUGGCCAAGUCUUCAUACCCGUCGUGAAUUGGCUCAUGAUGAUAGCCACGGUCAUCGUGACUGCUGUGUAUAACACUACUACGAGACUAGGUCACGCAUAUGGCGUUUGCGUCAUUCUUGUGACUUUCAUCACCACAUGCUUGGUAAGCUUGGUUGCCAUCGUUGUAUGGCGACUCAAUUGGAUACUUGUGCUUGCGGUCUGGCUACCGUUUAUCACAUUCGAAGGGCUUUUCCUCACCUCGGCCCUCACCAAGUUUCCUGAUGGUGCAUGGUUUACACUUCUGUUAGCCGCCAUUCUGUCGAGUAUCUUUAUACUAUGGCGAUACGGCAAAGAGGUGCAGUGGGACUCGGAGAGUAGGGAGCGGUCUGCUCUCUCUGAUAUGAUUGUCAAAGGACCAGAUGGAUCUCUCAAGGUUGCAGCCCGUUAUGGUGGUGCGACCUUGACGAACAUACGCGGUCUUGGCAUCUUUUUCGACAAGUCAGGAGACCAAGUUCCAGUUUCCUACGAAGAGUUUCUCCGCAAAUUUCAAGCUCAUCCAGAAGUCCACGUCUUCUUGCACCUCCGAGCGCUGCAAAAGCCUCACGUUCCCGACGAGGAAAAGUACAGCGUCGUAGGCACGUCUUUCCACAACUGCUAUCGCCUUACCAUCCGCUAUGGUUACAACGAUAGUCCUAUGUCAGCUGAUUUGGGGCGGCUUGUCUACACUCAAGUAAAGCGUGCGAUCUCUCGCUUCUCAGUUCGGGACCGUCCCUCGGGUGUCGCGUCAGCGCGUUCGUUGUCUCCUGCCAGCAACAUGGGAGAUAGCAUCAGCGUCGUGUCUACGUCGUCUCAGCGCCGUCAAGCCGAUAUCGCGCAACGACUCGAGGCUCUCGAUCGUGCUUUCAACGCACAGGUCGUCUAUAUCGUGGGCAAGCAACAGCUCAGAACGAUCAAGGAGAAUCACAAUUGGUCCGCGAGGCUGAUGCUUCGGGUGUUCAUUUGGUUGAAGGAGAAUACACGGCCGAAGAUUGCGAAGAUGAGGAUACCCAUAGAUAAAUUGGUCGAAGUUGGAUUUGUGAAGGAGAUUUAAGAUUCGGGGCCGAGCAUUUACACAAAGAAUCUAUUUUGUUUACAUCCUCG